AUGGCUGAUUCAGGAAUCCAAGCUUAUACUGAAUCUAUAGCAAAAACCCACCUAAAAUACAGAGACGCCCUACAAGAUAUGCAGGAAGAACUCCUCAAAGAAAAGAAAUGAAGACAAGAAGCAGAAACAGAAAACCGAAAUUUAAGGAAAAAUUUAUUGACGCUUGAAGAACAAAUAACAGACUAUCGAUACUCAUCCGUCGAGCUCCAUUCAAGGCUUGACGAAUAUGCUGAAGCUAAUAAAGAGCUACAUGAAGAAAAUCAAGAAAAAAGAGAAAAAUUCGAUGCUUUAAAAGAAAAAUUUGAAAAAGAAAGAAAUAGGUCAGAAACAUUAGAGAGGGAAUUAGAAAAGUUUCAGAAGUUUAUGAAUGAGCUAAGAGAUGAAGUCAGUGAUAAGCAAAAAGCACUUGAAGACUGAAAAGAAGCUUUAGAACUUAUGGAAGACAAGCUCAAAAGUGUUUCUACUCAGAAAAAUAAGUAUAAAGAAGAAAUGGAUUUAUAUAAAGAAGCUUUGGAAAAUUCGAAAAAUGAAAACAGUUUGCUAAAAAUCCAAAUUGAGGUGAAAGGUAAAGAAAAAGAAGAAAUGAAAAAAGAAAUUUCACAUCAAUGUGAUGAACUUAAUAUAAAAAUUAAAGAAAUGAUGAAAAAGCAUCAAGAAGAACUGGAGUUUUGAAAAGUGAAUUUAUCUUCACAGUAUGAAACUGUAAUUUCAAAUGAAAGACAGAAUGUUGAUACCUAUAAGAAAAAAUUAGGACAGAGUAAUGAAAUUAAUGAAAAAAUAAAAAACGAAAGGGAUAGGCUUCUUCGGAAUAUUGAAGAUUUACGAAGAGACAUUUCAGAGCAGGCUGAACAAAUUUCUACUAUAAAAUUCCAAAAAGAGUCUCUUGAAAAUCUAUUGAACACUCAAGUCAGAGAACUUGAAGAGAAUUUAUUCACGACUGAUGAUAACUAUAAGCAGCUAUUAGUCCAAAAAGAUAAAUCAAUUCAACAAUUAGAAUCCCAACUCCAAACAGCUCAAGAAAAGCUUAAAGAAUUUGCUUUUCAAAGCACUAAUAGCAAAGAAUCCGAAAUUUUCGCUAUCAAAGAGAUGGAAAGGCUGCAGGAUUUAUUAAGAGAUAAAGACACCGAAAUUUCUAGCUUAAAAAAUGUGCUAAACGAGCAUAGAGAAGAAAUCACCCAAAUCAGAGAAAAUAUUGAAGAACAAAAAUGCAGCCAUUUAAGAGACAUUAAAAAAGCUUGCGACGAAGUUGAAGAAAGAUAUAAGAAGAAAUUGCUAGAAAAUGAAAAAAAAAUUAAAGAAAUUUUGAUUAAAAAUGAAGAAGAAAAAACAAGAAGAGAAAAUGAAAACGAAAACAACCAAAUUAAUAUUUUAAAGGUUAAAGAAGAGUAUAUGCAAAUGCUAAUAGAAAAAGAAGAAAGCAUCGUUCUUUUGAAUACUGAUAGAGAUAGGCUGCAGAAAGUAGUUCAAGAUUUAGAAAAGCAGCUAAAAGAAAUUAUAUAUAAAAUGCAAGCAGACGCGCAAGAUAGGGAAAGGCUAUUAAGAGUUCUCAAAGAUGAAAACAUUAAAAAGGAUGAGCUUGAGCAAAAAAACCUUUAUCUCCGCAAUAAAAUUGCUGAGCUUGAGCAGCGUGUCGAAGACGAGCUCGAAGCUUGCAAAACUUCUAUGAGUGAAAAAGACUCCCAAAUAAAAAGAAUCAAAGAAAAAUACCACUCCAUGCACGAAUCCAAACUCGAAGAAGCUGAAGUCAAGCUUUCCACAUGGAAAGAAAGAUUCAGAAAUAGAUUAGAUUAAAAUUCUAGCGGGGUAUUUAGGGAUUAUUUUAGCACCUCGCAGUCUCAUAGAUAGCGUCUACUCAUUGGCGCUAAAUGCUAUCCUCGAUCUACCUUUUACUUCUGACGUGACCAAAAAAUGGUGAUAUAGAAGGUCUGGGAGAUUGCUCUACCCGUCUUCUGGGUCUCACUAAACGAUAGAGACUUUCUCAACCUCCGAAAAGGUUCGAAGUAUGGGUAGACUCCUCAAUGGCCUGCACGAACUAUAUCGCAGCUUGGUAAUGUUCCCAUGGAGCAUUGGAGGACAUUAAAAUGGUAGGCACGUCUUCAAACUAGGAAAAAAAGUUGAGGGUGAGCUCUGGACCAACAAACCUACUUGGCUCUUCUCAUCUGAUCCGUAUCAGCUCACGGAUCACCAGAGACAGCAUCACACAAUUUUAAUAUUUCUUCAGAUUCAGAGAAGAAAUCGGAUAUAUGGAGAAAUGGGGAGAAACAAUGGAAACCGAUUUAAACUCCCAAGCCCAUCUCGCUCGUCUUCGCAGUAUCCUUAACCGUCUUUAUCAAGUUUUAGAUUAUUCCCAAAUAUAA